GCACUUCGUGAUUGACCGAUUAGUAGAUAAUCUAUUCUCGUUUUUGUAUAAAAACUUGUAUGCACACUAUGUCACGAUCUCAUGUGUCACCCAUUUAUUUUUUCGAAUCGUAAUUCAAUAUGUAAAAUAGAAAGAUUGUUACUGAAUAUAAUAUAUUUUCAGUGAAAAAACUAGCUGAAAGAUCGCACAAGUGUGAGCCACACAUUUUGAACUGGAAGGUUCACGUGAAUACGGAAAACAAUUUCCCAACUGCCGCAGGGCUGGCUUCAAGUGCAUCCGGAUAUGCUUGUUUAGUAUAUACUUUGGCAUGUUUGUAUGGACUAGAGAACAUGGAAAUAACAUCCAUUGCUCGCCAAGGAAGCGGAUCGGCCUGUCGCAGCUUGUAUUCUGGUUUUGUGCAAUGGUGUAAAGGGCAUCUGCCAGACGGAAGUGAUUCGAUCGCUGUUCAGUUAUUUCCUCAUGAUUUUUGGCCUGAAAUGCGAAUCCUCAUUUUGGUGGUAAACGAUACCCGCAAAAAAACCAGUUCAACGGGAGGAAUGUCGACCAGUGUAAGAACGUCUAAGUUAUUGAAGCAUCGAGUGGAACACUGUGUACCGCAACAUACAAAGGAAUUAGUGAAGGCUCUUCACAUGAAGGACUUCGAAACAUUUGGAAGAGUUACAAUGCAGGACAGCAAUCAAUUCCACGCAGUAUGUCUUGACACAUACCCACCAUGUGUUUACAUGAACGACGUCUCGCAUGCUAUCGUUAAUGUGAUUCACCAAUUCAACGAUCUGAAGGGUGAAAUUAGAGUGGCUUACACCUUUGAUGCUGGUCCAAAUGCGUGCCUUUAUUUACUUGAAAAGGAUGUUUCCGAGAUGUUAGCUGUGAUAAAUAAAGUUUUCCCAAAUGAUAAACUGAAUUGUCCUGAAUACAUCAAAGGGCUUCCAAUAGAUUUAACACAAUUACCGGAACCGGCAACAGCAUUUACCCUCGCUGGACAAAACAUGCUAAAAUAUAUGAUCUAUACCAAGCUCGGCGAAGGACCGAAACGUGUGCCUAUAUAGUUCAUUGUGAUAUUAAAUUUUCUUAGAGGUGAAGGUGUUAUUUGCUUACGGAUUUCUUUCGGCAUCAAAUAUUGUUAAAAUAAAAUUUACCUUUUUUCCAUACGAAUAA